AUGGCUUCUGCCGUGAGAUCAGCCGGAUCCAGCACAAAAUUGGUAAGGACUUGCUUUGCUUUUUAAUUUUUUAGGUAAUUUUACGGAUAUUGAUGUAUUGGUUUAGAUUGCUGGAUGGUACACUAACGGGGUUGUUCCAAAUGCCGUUUCUGGUCAAGUACAUGCUCUCCAAACCAAGGAUGAAGCUGCUACUUUGAAAAAUGUUGAUUCUUUGAGACGAUAUGCUUUUAAUGCCUCAAACAGACAAUUCUUGUCUACUAAGAACGUUGCUGGUGAGGAUUUUGGUUGUUUUAGAUCUAAAUUAUAUGUGAUGCUUUAUUUAUGGUGGUAAGAGUAUAGUAAAUAUCUAAAGAGUACAUAAGAUAGCUAUUUUUUUGUUACUUGGAAAAUUAAGUUAAAAGUAAAAAUUGUUAAUCUUGUUUUUAUAUUUUAGUUUUGGCUAAGCGUUUCGCCCACACUGAUGUCCGGUUCCCAAACUAUGACAACUAUCGUUAUGAAGCUACUAAGGAUCCUCAUCAACCAGCCAGAGCUACUGAAGAUGCUCGUCGUGGAGUUACCAGUGCUGUUGUUUACGGAGGUAUUUAUUUUCACUUAUGAUUUGUUAAUUUUAGGUUAAUUUUAUAUUUGUUAUCUGUGUUUCGGAUGACGAAUGUUAUCUUUACAUAUUUCUUAAAAAGAUGAGAUUUUGUAGUAUUGAAAUACAGGUAUGUAAUGUAUAUUGUUUUAGUUGGUGGUAUGGUUACUUUGUUGGCCGCUCGUAAUGUUGUCCAAACUUUGGUCUACUACAAAGCUAUGGCUGCUGAUCAAAGAGCUUUGGCUGCUAUUGAAAUUGACAUGAACAAAGUGCCAGAAGGCCAGGUAAGUCUUUUAUGAUGCAUAUAUUAGUUUUUUGGUUGUAGGUUAAAAGUUAGUAUAAAUUUUUGGGUACCUACUUGUAAUAUGUCUUUUAAUUAUACAUACACUAUUGAUAUUAGGUACUCGACAGUAUAUUUUUUAUGGUUAGACGUCUUUUGGUCUAUAAUAAUAUAGUUUCUUGCUAAGACAAUGUUUUUCAGACUAAGACCUUUGAAUGGCGUGGUAAGCCCGUGUUCGUUAAGCAUCGUACUGCUGCCGAAGUCAAGCGUGAACGUUCAGUCAACAUCUCCGAACUUCGUCAUCCAGAAGCUGAUGAAGAUCGUGUUCAGAAGGACGAAUGGUCAGUCGUUAUUGGCGUCUGCACUCACUUGGGCUGUGUCCCAAUUGGUAUGUGUUUGUUUACAUGAUUCAUGUCGCAUAUUAUGUUAGUCAAGGGGUUUCACGGAAAAAAGAAAAACGUUUUUUGACUUGUUUUGUUAAUAUUAUUUAUGGUUUUAGUGAAAGGGGGCUGCAUGGAGUUGAAUAUAUUUAGAAAACGAAUUUUGGUUGUUUUUGACAAUUUUGAAAGGCGAAAUUUUUAAAGCUUUAGGUACUAUAAUAUGAAAGUUACAAUUAACCAUGUUGAAUCACGUUUCAGCCAACGCUGGCGAUUUUGGCGGUUACUACUGCCCAUGCCACGGCUCUCACUACGACGGCUCAGGUCGUAUUCGCAAAGGUCCAGCUCCAUUGAACUUGCACGUACCUGCCUACACCUUCAAGGGCGACGUGAUCGUUGUCGGUAGCACCUAAAUAUACUAUUUUUGGCUGUUCAGCUCUUAGGAUUGAAUUUCGUGAGCAAAAAUAAAGAUUUAGAUAAAUUUGAAAUUGGUUUUUUAUUUAUCAGAUUGCUUUCAUCUUGGCUUAUAUCUAUGUUGUGGUAUAAUGAUAUUUGGCUUUUUGUUAUGUCGUGGUGGAACAAUACGGCUUCUUAUUAUUAUGUUUUUGUUUUAGAAAUUAAAUAUAACAUUUACGUAUGUUGUGGUUUCAAUAUUUUGUUAUUUAUAGUUGAAAAAUGUCAUGUUUUUCCAUUCUGUUGCUAAGGAAUGUUAUUUUAAAUGUUUAUUAUGAUAAUUCGCGUGACAAAAUUACUCUUUAAUCUGAAUAUGAAAAACAAUAGAGAAUAAUAAUAAAAUUAAGAUGGCGUUGAUAAACGACCUAAACGUGGAUCAGCUGAAGGUGCCGUUGGGGUUCAUCAAGAUACCUCAACUCAUUUUAGCCAUAAUCGCGUUCUCUGCCAGAUCCGGCUUUCAGUUCUCUGCUACAUACACAUGUAAAGACAAUUCUACACAUGCUAUCACUCAUGGAGGGUUUGAGUAAGCCAUUUUUUUAUUUUUGAUUUUUAGGUAAGCAUAUGAUGAUUGAACCUUAUUAUAUUUUAGUAUGGCCGAUUCUGACUACUCUGAUCAUUUCACAACUUGCGCUGGUGUUCCGAUUGGGCUGAUUACCUACGACCAUAGCACGUAAGUUUUUUGUUGGUUUGAACUGCUAAAAUCCUUAUAGGAUCGCACUACUAAAAUUUUAAAUUUUAAUUGUUUUCGGCUGAAAUUACAGUAGUAAAAUUCAAAUUAUGAUUUACUAGUACUAAAUAGCAAAACUCUUUCAGAGCUGCCAGAUUUUUUGGAUUCAUAUCAAUCGUGUCAAUUCUGUUUGUGAUUAUCAUGCUCUUUUUGUACUUGUUCAGAUGGGGUGCGUAUGCUGGUGAUGAAAGGCUGCCAAAGUUGGAUACUGCGAUCACAAUGAUCCUAGGCGUCUGUUGGUUUUUAGCUGCGUGGAGUUGGUGGCAUGCUACGGAUGUUUUAACUAAUGAAACUUCGUAGGUUCUUAAUUUUUUUUUAGGUUUUUUUGGUUUUUUAAUUAUUUUUUGAUAAUUUUGAUAGAUGGAUCAUGCUUAUUUCAAAAAUUUACUAUAUUAUGACUUUUAGGCCUGAAACCAUUGGCAAAGCUUUUGAAACCAAAAAGUUUUGCGACUUCCCAGAUGUAAAGGAUUGUCAUCUGAAGACUUAUCACGACACAGGACCAUUAACUGUCUCUGUCGUAAGUUUUUGAUCUAAUAUGUAACGAUAAGUUGGAAAUAAGAGUGGGAGUAGUACUAAAAAACCUUUGUGCUGCCACAAAUCUAACAGUAAGCUUUACGAUUUUGAAUUUUAGCUAGCCGGCUUUGCGUGUCUGAUUUUGUUCGCCUCAAAUAUCUGGUUCGCCUACAAGGAGACGGCCUGGUUCAGAGAGCGAAACUCACCUUCCCAACCUCAACAAGGCCCAUAG